UAUCCUGUGCUGGCAGUUAUUGGUGUUCCAGGAAACCUGGUGACAAUUCUGAUCCUAUCUCGUGGCAAGUGUGGUCUCUCUAAAUGUAUCACACUGUACCUAGUGGGGAUGGCAGUCACAGAUCUCUUGGUGCUUAUCACAGCGGUGGUAUUAAACAGGAUCAGUGUAAUUUAUUUUCCAGUUCUUUUCCUCUCCACAACUCCAGUCUGUAGUCUUAAAAUCACUGUGAUCUACAUAGUCAGAGAUUGUUCAGUCUGGUUAACAGUUGUUUUUACUAUUGAUCGAUUUAUAGCUAUUUGUUGCCAGAAUUUCAAAGCAAAAUACUGCACAAAGAAAAUGGCAACUGUUGUUAUUGGAAUAGUCUGUACUGUGAGCUGUGUGAAAAACUUUCCGUGGUACUUUGUAUAUGAGCCAUUGUAUCUAGUUAAUGGUGUCCCAUGGUACUGCAACAUUAAGUUAAGCUUUUACACUGAACUUGCAUGGACAGCAUUUGACUGGGUGGACCGGAUUUUAAACCCCUGUUCCCCAUUCCUUAUAAUGUUGAUCCUCAAUUUCCUGACUGUCAGAAACAUUGUAUUGGCCAAUAAAGCCCGCAAGAGACUCCGGCUGCAGACCAUCAGAGAGAAUCAGAUUGACCCAGAGAUGGAGAGCCGGAGAAAAUCGAUCAUUUUGCUCUUCACCAUCUCAGGCAGUUUCCUACUUUUAUGGAUGACAUAUGUUAUAAAUUUCUUAUAUGUGCGAUUUACAAACAGUAAUUAUUCAACAGGCUCCACCGGCAAUAACCCAAGGUUCAUUCUGCAGGAAGGUGGGAACAUGUUACAGCUCCUCAGCUGUUGCACAAACACCUGCAUUUAUGCAGCAACACAGAGCAAAUUCAGAGAAGAAUUCAAAAAUGCCUUAAAAUAUCCCCUGAAAUGGAUUAUCAAGAUAUUUAAAUUAUGA